UGUCCAUGUCACCCCAUCCAACGGCCUCCCUCCUCGACAGACAACUUACAUUAUGUACCAACCAACCAUGCCAGAAUCAACUGAAAACUUGAGAAAUACAAACCGAACCUUGCGUAUCUUGGAAGAUGCGGUCAAGGGCAACUACGGUGUCCUAGCAGCAAUAUGUUACAAUAUUGAACAUCUCACAGCCAUAGUCAGAGCAGCCGAAUCCAAACGUUCUCCACUCAUUAUCCUUCUAUUCCCCUCUACUCUGAGACAACUACCAACUCUGGCCUGGGCAGCAUCUGCAGCUAUCGAAUCAGCGACCGUUCCGCUCUCUCUUCAUCUCGAUCAUGCACAGGAUGUAUCACAGAUCGAAGAAGUUGUGAAAAAUUUGCCUUUCGACUCUAUCAUGGUCGACAUGAGCCACUAUGACCAUGAGGAAAAUCUUGCUAAGACCGCUGCACUGACGAAGUUGUGUCAUGAGCGGGGUAUUGCUGUUGAAGCGGAGAGUGGCCGGAUCAAUGGAGGUGAAGAUGGCAUCGCUGAUACUGGUGAUCUUGAAGCCCUAUUUACUUCUCCCGAGGAGGUAGAAGACUUCCUCAAAGCAGGUAUCGACAUUCUCGCCCCAAGCGUCGGCAACAUUCACGGGGAUUAUGGCCCUAAAGGACCAGAACUCGACCUCAAGAGACUCUCAUCUAUUGGUAAGCAAAUUCACGGUCGUGCAGUAAUGGCACUUCAUGGGACAAAUGACUUCACUGCUCAGAUCAUGCAAGACUGCAUCAAAGCUGGAGCCGUGAAGCUCAAUGUCAACAAAUUGCUUUUGGAGGUCUGGCACGUCCAUCUGAAAGAGAAUGCAUAUAAACCAUUUAUGCAGCGCGUAGAUGAAGGGAUAGAUAUACUACAGGCUGAGGUUGAGAGGUGGAUAGAUAUUUGUGGGAGUGCUGGCAAGGCACAGUCAAACUCAUAACACACGACACGACACUUAGAACUUAUAGAACACUUAGCAGUUACGGACAAGUUUCACACAAUGACUAGUUUUAGUGGUCUAGUAUCGGUGUCAAAUACACUAG